CCUGAAUCGCAGUCUUUAUUGAGACUUUGUAGGGCACGGUCAAAACAAACGCCAGCUUCGUUUCACCGAAUAAGCACAAUGGAAAAUCACUUUUUAAUACUUAUGUUCUUGAGUGUUCUUAUACACUCUUCACUUUCGGCUGAGAAGGUUCUUUUCGGUCAACCGGCGCCAAUCGCUGCUGAAGGUCGCCAAGCUCCAGCAGAAGACGCCGCCAAGGAGAUUACUCCUAAAAAUGGCCGCAAAGCCAGGGUUUUUACCUUCCCGGGCGCUACCCAGCAGCAAGAUUCCAGGACCCACCAGCCCGCCUACGUAAUUUCCUCCCCCUAUGAAAGCACCGAGGACAGAUUCAGCACAGCUGGGUCGUCUGGAUUGUCGGAUGAAAAUCGUUUGCUGUCGCUUUUGCCAUCUUUCGGAGAAAAUGGAAUGCAGGUGGGUCUCGACUUUAAGCUUCCAUUCUUCAGCAUUCCUUAUGCCAAGAUGUUCUCUGCCUUGAGUGCCCCUUCACUGGGCGGUGGACUUGGAAAUUUUCUCGGAGGAGGAUCUGCAUACGGAGGAUCCCCUACCACUGCAGCCAGUAGUUUGUCAUCCAAUAUCUUGGGGUCUGGCAGUGGCAUUUCCAGUACUGUCGCGACAGUGGCUGCUAUGGCAGUGACAGCAGCUAUGCUGUAUCCCAAGGUUACUGGCUUGUUUAGCGCCGAUGGCAAUACAUUCAGAGAUGGUGGUAAUGCUGAUGACUUCUUCCAAAACGUAAACAAUGUUCUCAACCAGUUUAAUAUCGACGGCGAGGCUUGCAUGAAGGUGGCGCUGUGCUCGCUGGGCAAUGCCAAACGUCAACACACCAGAAGGGGCCGAGACACCACAUCAUCACUUGCUGACGUCGUUGAAGAUGUCCUCAAUUUACCGGCUGUCAAGAAAUUUAUGAACAAAGGGGGCCUCGUGCAAGCUCGUGAUUUCGGUGGCUCCGGGGGCGACUGUGAAUACUUCAACUCCCAAAACAAAUGCCCGAUAGCAGCCCAGACCUUCAAGAGCAUGCUUUCGAAACUUUCUUAAUAUUUUUACUUGUCCAUUUAAUACCAUAGUGUCAACCAUAACAACUUCAACUGCCAUUUUAUUAUAUUCUUCUUUAAUAUCGUAUUUUAGUUACUUACAAUCGUAAUUUUUUAACAUCAGCGGAAGCAUCCAUUCGAUCCUAUGUCUUUAAUUAACUUUGAAGGUAUCAAUUAUAUUAAGAUUUUGUUAGGCGUUAUUAUUGGAUAUAAAAUUUAUGUGAACUCCAUAAAUAAGCGUUAUAUUGAUUCUUAGAUAAAUUUUAAAAAAUAACAGCAUUAUUCGGAAAAAUAAUCUUUCAUCAAAUUUGAUAUUAGAUAUAACUUCACCCAAAAGGUGUUAAAAUAUCUUAUUAUAAAAAUUAGUAAAAGCGAUAAAUAGUCAGCGAUAAUUUUAAAUUUUGGUAGUAAAACUAAUUGUAUUGGAUAAAAUAGCGCUGUUUUUCCUUGACCAAUUGAAAAACUUAAUAAACGCACCGAAAUGAUUUAUAAAUAUCGAGCAUCUUUUUAACCAAACUUUUUUAAUACCAUAACCACCUCAUUUCAUAACUUAACACUUAAUGAUAUAACUAAAAUUAUAAAAAUAAAACAUGAAAAUACACAUAAUGUGAUUAUUGUUUCAAAGUUUUAAAAAAUAUUACCAUUUAUAUAAAAUAAUUUCCAACUAUCUAAAAUACAAUAAUUAUGUAAUUUCAAAUAUAAUUAAUUUCUUACUUCACAUAUCUUUGAUAUUUCUUACGAAAUUAUAUAAUACUUUAAAGAUUCUUUUAUUAUUAGAAGAAAUUUUCCGAUAUUUUACCAUUAUUCGAUCGCUUGGAUGCGUAAUUUUGUAUUUAAAAUAUAUCCGAGUAUUUUUUUUUUCAGAAUAUAUCAAUACACAUUUCCCAAAGGGUUAUUUUUUCCCGUCUGUUGUAUAUAUUUUUUUCUGUGUGAUUCUUGUAAAUUUGUGGAAAAUUGUUUUUAUCAGCUGGUCUGUAAUAAGUAGAGCUCACUUUUUUUUAUAUAGAUUUUAUUCUUUUUUUAAUAAAAAUAUUUGUAAAUA